AUGUCGAAACCCAAGAAGCCUGGGACCUUGAAUAAGGUCCCACGAAGGGAUCCAUUGGCCUCUUUAAAGAUGGCCGACAUGCUCAUAUCAAAACCAGCCCUUCCCUUAGAGAUCCUGGCCAAGAUAGUGGACUAUCUCGAUGUUCCAGAUCUACUCCAUUUCGCCCGAGUCUCACGCCGUAUGCAAGAGAUGGUCUAUGAUGAUGCAAAAUGGGUCCAGAGGUUGAGAAUGAUGGGCUGUUGGAAUGAUGCGGAGGCGCGCAAAAUAGCAGAUUCAACAAAACAGCCCACUACUCCUGGUCGCAGGCAGAGUAUAAUCGAUCGGAAUCUCGUCAAUGGUAAAGGGCGGCCUGAAGUUCUUUUCGACAUUGCUUCCCCCACCAUUGCACAACGACGUCAGACGACUUUAAUGUCUCCCAUCCGACCUCAACAACCUGCCGUAGAUGGAUUUGACGUCGCUGAGCUCGCCAGUUCCAAAUCUAUAUCUUCCCCGACACUACCAAUUGACACUGACGCAGUUUUGUCAAUCUUCAGGAAUGUCAAGUCAGUCCGUGGUCAGGCCAGACGGGAAUAUGGAAAGAUAUAUAAGCUGCUGGGUCCUUACUACACCAAUCUAGUCUCUGUAUCCAAUCCAAUGGAGUCACGCAUCUUCAGAGACUUUGCGGCACCUGAGCAACAGGCACAACUACUAGCAAACCUAAGGACUUUCUCCCAGAGCGACUUUUCGCCUGCGUCAGCAAGCAGAGAAACUCGGAUCAAGACAACCGCUGACAUGUUCGACGCAGCCGCUCUACUUGAAUUUCGCAAAGGUUAUGAAUACAAAGACAUCCAAGGGCGCAUGCGUCAAUACGCCAAAGUGAUGCAUAUUCUUAAUGGAGGGAAAAGCAGUGUGGAGCUUUUCUUACAUGACAAUAACUUGGUGGCUCAAAAGGUGAAUUUGGGCAAGGCUUUAGAUUGUGUUGAUUAUUCCCUGGGCUAUGGGCAGCUCUCGCUUGAACGAGUACAGGGGUAUUUUGAAAGGCUUGGUACGGCAUUCAGACAGGAGGUUGCCAUUAUCCAAGCUGUGUUCCCAGAACCAAAAGGAGUAACGAUACAAAUGAUUGAAGUAGUGGCUAAGGACAUUCUGUCGCCUUUCUUGGCUGAUCUAUUCGAAGACGCCCGCAAUCGAGGGGCCUCGAUGUAUCUUCGAACCAUCUCUGGAACUCUUGCUGCAACAAAGCAAUUUAUCGAAGAAUCUGCGGCUCCCGGAGACGCAGAAGAUGAGAUGCUUCUCAGGUCCAAUGAUGUCCUCCGGGAUAUCUUUGAGCCUCAUCUGGACAUAUACCUGGCGGAAGAAUUGUCAUUCUUCCGGUCGAAGGCAGAGUUGGAAGUCGAUAAAUGGGAUCGAGCAUUGUCAGAACAGGCAGCAUCAACGGAAAAUUUCCUGAUGUCGAACGUCAAUCGGCAGGCGGACAAGAAGGAUUUCAUGUCGUCUUUCAAGAAAGUGGUCAUGAUGCCCGUCAGUAUCCUGCCUAGCUUUUCUGGGCAAUCAAACAACAAGACCCAAGCCAAAGCCCUUGCCAAUGGAGAUGCUCCUUCAUCCCGGGCGUCGACGCCGAAUCCAUUCGGCCCGGGAGGGGCAAAUUCAACCUUCCCGCAUGAGGCACCGACAAAUGAACUGGCUGCAAAAGCAGCUAUUAUGACAACUAAGCUCGAGAACAUCCGUUCGCUCUUUUCGAUUGAAGUUGCACUGAACUUGGUCCACGCCGCCAAGUCAUCCCUCGAAAGAUGCGCUCAGUUCAUCAGCUUGGGUGGCGAAGCAGGGGAUUCAGCUCAGAGGCAGUGUUCAGCCAUCUUCGUUCUUCUCUUGCAUGCGGUUGGUGACCGUCAUGUCAAGGCGGGCUUCGAUAAAGCAAUCGAGCAUCUUUCUCAAUAUAACCCCCGCGCGGGGAGCGCUGAUAAUGCUGACUCCACUGUAUCACGAGUACAAGUUGCAGCGCUUGUCACAUUUUUGGAGCUGGUCAAUGUUGGCGACCUCAUUCAGCAGAUGCUGGACGUCUUUUACGAGUCCGAGUUGGUGCGUCUGCGGAUCUCCAACCGCGAUGAUUUCCUCGACGUCAAUGUCAAGGAGAAGAAGAAAUUUGAGGCGAUGCUUGACGAGCGAGUUGCUGCAGGCCUGAGCAAAGGUAUCGACGUGCUGAUAGACGAGGUCGAGUAUGUCUGCGCUGUCACUCAACAACCAACCGACUUCUACCCCGAACUCAGCACCACGAACGCCAGCGGAUCAAGGUCCACCCCCGUGGUGAUGGAUUUCUCCGGCAAGCCCACCGCCACGGCCUCACAAGUCAUUGCGCUCGUGUCCCACCACACGAGCAUGCUCACCGGCGCGACGGAGAAGACCCUCCUGGACGUAUUCACAACGGAAGUCGGGCUGCGCCUCUUCGGGGCUCUGACCAAACACAUCAAGCGCCAGCGGAUUUCCACGUCCGGGGCCCUCCCACUGCUCUCGGACCUGUCAGCAUACGCCAGCUUCGUGUCGGGAUUCAAGAACAACGACCUGACGUCCUACUUCGUGGCGCUCCGCGAGGUGGCACAGAUCUACCUGAUCGGCGGCGACAGCGAGCGUGACGUCAACGAGAUGGCGACCAUCAUCAGCGAUAGCGAGAGAUACCGUGGCGUGUUCACCGUCGAGGAGGUUGUUGAGUUCGCCGAGCGCAGGAGCGAUUGGUUGCUCGUCAAGGGACGGGUCGAGGGCAGGGUGAAGGGCGAGGGCUGCUGUAUCAUGUGA